AUGCCGUUGUUGCACGAUCGCCUUCUGGAAGAUGCCGAGCAGGAUUUGAGGCAGGCGGAGAGAGAGAUGCAGAGGCAGAUGCGGCUGCUGGACCUGCACCUGCAGCAGCUCCGCAAGGAGCUGUCUGCAUCCCGCCCGCGCAGCCCGGCCCCGCACCCCUGCUGCCUGUGCCAGCCCGACCCCCGCCCCUGGGAGAGGAGGGCCCUCACCGCAAGGGUGGAUGUGGAGCGAGGACUGGGCAGCAUGCAGAGAAGACUUAACAGGAUGUUGAACUGCCCCCAUGACCACAAGCUUUUGGCUUUGAUGGACAUGAAGGAUUAUGACCCCAAGGAAGUCACUGUAACUGUGAAAGAUGGGAAGGUGAAGGUGUUAGCGGAGCACAGGGAGGAGCACACCACUGCAAAAGGGAAGGAGUAUAACUACAGAAGCAUCACGAAGGAAAUCAGCCUGCCGCCGGGGGUGAGUGAGGAAGAGGUGACAUACUCGCUGGGCCCCAGUAGAGUCCUGAAGAUUGAAACAGCAUGCAACUGCUACCCUUGUCUCCUGAGCCGCUGA